UUGUUCAAGCAAGCGAUGCGCUACUGGGAGAACUUUACGUGCAUUAAGUUUGUGGAACGCGAUGCCAAGCUGCACACCAACUACAUUUACUUCACAAUAAAGAGUUGCGGAUGCUGUUCCUUUCUGGGCAAGAAUGGCAGUGGACGGCAGCCCAUCUCUAUUGGGCGCAACUGCGAAAAGUUCGGCAUUAUCAUCCACGAGCUGGGCCACACGAUUGGGUUUCAUCAUGAGCACGCACGCGGAGAUCGAGACAAGCACAUCAUCAUCAACAAGGCAAACAUAAUGCGUGGUCAGGCGUACAAUUUCGACGUACUGUCGCCAGAGGAGUUUGACGAGCCGCUCUUGCCGUAUGACUACAACUCCAUCAUGCACUAUGCAAAGAACUCUUUCUCGAAAAGUCCAUAUCUAGACACAAUCACGCCCAUUGGGUUGCCGCAAAGCGCACACAUCGAGCUGGGCCAGCGACGUCGGCUCAGUCGUGGCGACAUUCUGCAGGCCAAUCUGCUAUAUAAGUGUGUUGCUUGUGGACGCACUUUUCAGCAGAACUCCGGACAGAUUGCGUCUCCUCAUUAUGCUUACGCGGACAAUGCUUUGCUCAAUGAGUACGAGGGCAGUGGUGAUGAGGUGCGGAAGGAGACCUCUAACAAUGCCCACAGCACCUGCGAGUGGCGGAUAACAGCCACCAAUGGGGAAAGGAUCAUUUUGCAUCUGCACGAUCUGCACCUGAUCUACUCCGAGAACUGCACGAAAGACUACCUGGAAAUUCGUGAUGGCUAUUGGCACCGGUCGCCGCUUGUUCGUCGCCUCUGUGGCAACUCCAGCGGCGAGAUAAUCACAACCGAUACAAGUCGCAUGCUGAUCAAUUACGUGAAUCGAAAUGCUCCAUUGGGCUAUAGGGGAUUUAAGGCUCGCUUCGAGGUGGUCUGUGGCGGAGACAUUCACUUGAGUAAGGGUCAGUCCAUAGAUUCGCCCAACUAUCCGCUGGAGUAUAUGCCUAGCAAGGAAUGCAUUUGGCGUAUUACAGCACCACCCAACCAUCAGGUGGCACUCAAGUUUCAGUCCUUCGAGCUAGAGAAGCACGAUGGAUGCAUCUAUGAUUACAUUGAAGUACGUGAUGGCAGUCAAAGCGAGUCGAAACUGAUCGGACGAUUCUGUGGCGACAAGCUGCCGCCCAACAUCAAGACCCACAGCAAUCAGAUGUACAUCAAGUUCGUGUCGGAUGGUUCCGUCCAAAAGCUAGGCUUCUCCGCUGCACUAAUGCUGGACGUGGACGAGUGCAAGUUUAUGCAGCACGGAUGCCAGCACAUUUGUAUCAAUACCUUGGGUAGCUACCAGUGCGGCUGUCAUGCUGGCUACGAGCUCCAGGCCAAUGGUAAAUCCUGCGAAGAUGCAUGCGGCGGCAUUAUAAAUGCUACAGUAUCCAAUGGAACAAUUUAUUCGCCAUCUUAUCCUGAUUUGUAUCCUAAUGCCAAGAAGUGUGUGUGGGAGGUGGUGACUUCGAUCCAUCAUUCAGUGUUCCUUAACUUUACGCACUUUGAUCUGGAGGGCACUAAGUUGCAGUACACCAAAUGCAGCUAUGACUAUCUCAUCAUCUAUUCAAAGAUGCGUGACAACCGGCUGAAGAAGAUCGGCAUAUUCUGCGGCAACGAACUGCCACCCAUUGUAAACUCAGAGCAGAACAUUUUGCGGGUUGAGUUCCAUUCGGAUCGUACUAUACAACGAAGCGGCUUUGCGGCCCAAUUCAUAUUAGAUGCGGACGAGUGUGCAGUGAAUAACGGCGGCUGCCAACACAGAUGUCGAAACACCUUUGGCGGCUAUCAGUGCAGUUGCAGGAAUGGCUAUACCCUGCACAAGGACGGACACAACUGCACGGAGACCAAGUGCAAGUUCGAAAUUACCUCGUCCUAUGGCGUGCUGCACAGUCCCAACUAUCCGAACGACUAUGCGCGUAACAUUUACUGCUAUUGGCACUUCCAGACGGUGCUCGGGCAUCGCAUACAGCUUACGUUCCACGACUUCGAUGUGGAGAGUCAUCAGGAAUGCAUAUAUGACUAUGUGGCCAUUUAUGAUGGUCGUUCCGAGAAUAGCUCCACGUUGGGUAUCUAUUGUGGCGGCCGGGAGCCCUAUGCUGUGAUUGCAUCCAGCAAUGAGUUGUUUAUGGUGCUCAAGACGGAUGCCGGCCUACAGCGCAAAGGCUUUAAGGCCACGUUUGUGUCCGAGUGCGGCGGCUAUUUGCGGGCCACAAACCACACGCAGAUUUUCUAUUCGCAUCCUCGAUACGGCAGCCGGUCUUAUAAGCACAAUAUGUACUGUGACUGGCGUAUCGAGGCAGAUCCGGAUAGCAGCGUGAAAGUCAAGUUUCUUCACUUCGAAAUCGAGUUCUCUGAGCGAUGUGACUAUGAUUUCCUAGAAGUCACUGAAGAGGGCAACACGAUGAACACCAUACAUGGGCGCUUCUGCGGCAAACGAAAGCCACCAAUUAUAAUUUCGAACUCUGACACGCUCUUAUUAAAGUUUCAAACGGACGAGAGCAAUGCGCUUCGUGGAUUUGCCAUAUCUUUUGUGGCAGUCGAACCACCGGACGAAGAUGGAGGCGAAGACUUUGAUGCGGUAACACCAUUUCCCGGUUAUCUUAAGAAUAUGUACGCUGAAACGGCACUAGGCGAUGAGCAGCCCGUUCAGCAUGGACACAUUUUGCCGCCCAGUAGACUAAUGUGA